GAGAAACGGUUUUGCCCUUUUUUCCCCACUGAGUCACCAGCGGCUGGUCCGUUGGUCUGUUCCCAGCAUCCCGCACUUGGGCUUGAGGACCACACCACAGAGGGAGCAGACUGCUGGCAGGUGACUGUCUCCACUGAAAUAUGGACAACACUGCAGAAAUUGAACGAUGGGCAGAGAAAGAAAAGCUCACUCUGGAGACCCUCAAAACACUCAAGGAAGAUGGCUUUGCUUCCUUUGAGACAUUGAGUCUACUAACACCACAAGAUGUGGAUGGUUACUACGCUGCUACAAAUCGUCUUCUGAAGGAGCAAUGUCUGCGCUUGAAGAAAGCUGUGGACAAACUGAAUGAGCAGAGUUCACCAGAGCAGGUCAAGGACACUGGGGGUAUCGCCAGCAAGGAAUGUCAGAAGGACCGGUCAGAAGAUGUCAGAAAUCACACAGAAGACUUGUCACCUGGGAAAGCGGUUGCAGGAAGAGGGGAUCGCGACACUCUGUCAUUUCAUGAAGCUAGAAUGCGUUUUGAACCUGAACAAGGAGACACCAAAGUACUGGACAGAGGGCGAUGGAAACAUGAAAUAUCCAGAGUUUCUUUUUCAGAGGAGUUGCGGUUCCUGCUGGUGGGUAAGACCGGGGUGGGAAAAAGUGCAACGGGCAACACGAUCUUCGGCGAAAACAAGUUUCGAACAUCAGUCGGCUUCAGCUCAGAGACAUCACAAUGUGAAAUAAAUCGUGGUGUCGUCAGCGGCCUGAAAGUUGAGAUCACCGACUCGCCAGGCCUGUUUGACACAAAUGUUACAGAAGAGAACAUCGCUGCAAGGAUUGUGCAGGCAGUGGCCCUCUUACAUCCGGGUCCUCACGCUUUCCUCUUCGUGGUGAAAAUAGGGCGAUUCACACGGGAAGAGGAGGGCACCUACAAACGACUCGUUGCAAUCUUUGAUAAGGAGGUCACUAAGUACAUGGUCGUCGUCUUCACCGGGGGAGACAACUUGAGGUCUGCCGGUCAAACUAUCGAUGACAUCAUCAGUUCAGCUCCUGCUGGACUCAAAGACAUUCUGAAAGAUUGUGGAGGAAGAUAUGUGGUCUUUGACAACAUGACAGCUGACAAAAAGCCUCAAGUUAAUCGACUGUUAAACAUUGUGGUCCAAAUGGUCAAGGACAAUAACAAUGAACGAUACACUUGCCCGAAGUACAUUUCGGUUGGAGAGAAAAUGGAAGAAGAAAUUCAGAAAAGGAUGAUGGAAGUAGAAAAGAGAGAGCACGAACACAAGCAGUACAUCAGGCAACUUGAGAUGAAUGUCAGACAACUAGAAGAAAAUGCCAAAAAAGAAAGAAAGGAAUAUGAAGAGAGAGAAAAAGCGCGUAAGGAGAAGAUAAAGAAAAAAGAAGAAAAAAUGGAAAGAAAAAUACAGAAGAUGUACGAGAAACUGGAGCUGAAGUCUCUUACCGAUGCGGAGAUGGAAAAACAAAUGAACAAUCUUUUAAGAGAAAACCAAGAUCUGGUGAAUCAAAUAGAGAAGAAACAAGAAGAAGAUCGAAAGCAAACGGAAGAAAAACAAAGAAAACUAAAGGAAGAGGCAGACAAAGUAAUGGAAGACAUGAAAAAAGCACAAGAAGAAAGCCAGGAAGCUUAUGAUAAUGAAAUAAAUCAACUCAAAGAUGGUAUUGCACGAAAUGAAGAAAAGGGUUUACUUGGCAGAAUGGCUGAGGGCAUUGUAGAAACAGCGGCGAUGGUCUGGAGGGUCAUCCGCGUGUUCUUCUCAUGAAGAAUCUCGUCUGCAAGGACAAGGCAUUCAGUGAGACUUCCAUCAUCAGAUCGACAAGAUUAAUCAUGCCAAAACAAAUUAUAUUUUCAUUUUCUUGCCAAGGGGAAACAAUCUCGUUUUGCUAAAGAAAUUAUUUUUAUCAUCCACUCAUGAAUGAUUGACAAGAAAUUGUUGACAUUUUAGGUUUAGCAGCCAAGGUUUUAGUUUGGAUUUUAUUGCUUAGAAAUUCUCGUGGCUACUUUUAUUUCUUCCGUUGAAGACUCGAGAAACCGGAACUGACGAGAUAAAGUAAGCCUCCUGACCAACUGAACAUUAUGCUCAAUUUCAUUUCAAAUGUUUAUUUGAGGACUCACAGACAAUGAAGGACACACUCAUCGCAACGCAAUUUUAACUUUUUAGUUUUGUUCUUUAAAAAUUAGAAUAUAUUGUCUAAACUUUUACCGUUUAUCUUUCAAUUGUGUCAGAAAAAUAUUGUAAUUGAAAUCUUAAUUUGCAAGCAGAUCAACUAAACACGAGGGUCUGCACUGAUGCAUUUUGGAAUAAUUGUAUUUUAACAUGAUGUUUACCAUUUUUGCAGAAUACUUUCAUCUUAUACAGUGGAUUUUUUUAUUCUAAUCACUUGACCUGAGUGCGACUGUUAUACUCAUGGGACCUUUGGUCACUCCACUCCACUGCAGUGGCAGUCAGGUCUAAAUUAGUUGAUUAGUAAAGUCGUUAAUUAAGCUUUAACCGAUGGUGUUCACGUGAUAAGACUCGGCUAGCAGACGUAUUCAUGAACUAAAACUAUUUUAUCUUACCGAUGUCCCUUGGUAUCCACUUGCGCUAAGUUCUCAAGCAUGUGGCCUUCAAUAUGUAACAUACAUGUUCUUAUGACCAGUACCCUGUAGUUUCAUAUUUUGUAAUAGAUAGAAUCCCUUUUAAAAUGCAAAUAGCGUGUGAAAACGAAAAUCAUCAUGAAAAACUGAUAUAAAAUACGGAUAUAAAGAAAAGAGAACUCCGUGUAAAUAAAUCUUCUUGUAAAGGGAAGUAACCGCACAAAAGUUCUUUUCUAUUUGACAGAAAACAAAGUGGAGUGUAAAGAAGAUGUAGGUAGGAAAGGUGGAUGUUUCAAUAUUUGGAUCUUGUUAAUAUUUUUUUUUAUUUCCACUUAAGAUAAACUAUAUUAACUAUUUAUUAUGAUUUUUUUUUUAAUUGUGUGCGCACCAGUUCAGAAUACGACUGACAAAGAGCAACAGAGAGUGUGUUUUGAGGAGAGAGGUUUGGGCGACUGGAUUGAUAAAUAUGACGAUGCUGAACUGUAUACUUAUCUGAUUUUUGUUUUCUGAAGUAUGUUAUCAACUCUUUGGUGUCUUUAUUUAGGAUAUAUUGUGCAGUAUAUUGUUUUUCCUGUAACAUAUACUGUAUACAAAUAUUGUUUCUUUCUACAUUUUAUACAUAUAUAACCCUCAUAAACCCCAUCAUCAUCGUUAUUCGUGCUACGUCAGAUUCUGCUCUUCACGACCUCAGCAAGUGCACACUUGAUACAAGCUCCACAAGCUCCACAAGCUAAAGAUGUUGUUUAAGAUGUUCGAGGCUACAUGCCACCACCUAAUCUCUGAGGCAUUUGAGAUGUGGUUGUUAAAUUUUCCUCACCAUUAUUAUCUUUUUCGUAAGCUAGCUAAUUUUUUUAUGACAUUGUAAGCAUGAAGACUAUACCUUGAAGUAGCUUGUGAUUGUAGCAAUUUUUCAAAUAAAAACUCAAAUUUUCA